CGCUCUCCAUGGAUUCUCUGAGGAGAUCUCUCUCGUUCCGCGCUCUAAUCCUCCUCCUCUUCCUGAUCCAUGGCGCUCGCUCCUUCUACCUCCCCGGCGUCGCUCCGGAGGACUUCGAGAAGGGACAUCCGCUGAAGGUUAAAGUGAACAAGCUGACAUCUAUUAAGACGCAGCUUCCUUAUUCCUUUUAUUCUCUACCAUUUUGCCCCCCCAAAAAGAUAUUGGACAGUGCAGAGAAUCUUGGCGAAGUACUACGUGGGGACCGUAUUGAGAACUCUCCUUAUGAGUUUAAGAUGCGGGAUCCUAAGAUGUGCAAAAUUCUCUGCCGGAUAACCCCUAAUGCAAAGGAAACAAAGGAUUUGAAAGAAAAGAUUGCUGAUGAGUAUCGGGUCAAUAUGAUUCUUGACAACCUUCCUGUUGUCGUUCCCUUACGGAGAUCAGAUCAGGACUCUACUCCUGUAUAUCAACUUGGUUUUCAUGUUGGGCUUAAAGGCCAUUAUUCUGGGAGCAAAGAGGAGAAGCAUUUCAUCCACAACCAUUUGGCAUUUACUGUCAAGUAUCACAGAGAUGCGGAGACUGACUUAGGAAGAAUUGUGGGUUUUGAGGUCAAACCAUAUAGUGUUAAGCAUGAAUAUGAAGGGACAUGGAAUGAAAAUAGUCGGCUAACGACGUGCGAUCCCCACGCGAAGCACACAGUAGUGAACUCAAACUCUCCUCAAGAGGUUGAGGAGAAAAAGGAAAUUAUAUUCACAUAUGAUGUUGAGUUCCAGGAGAGCGAUGUGAAGUGGGCUUCUCGGUGGGAUACCUAUCUUUUGAUGAGUGAUGACCAGAUUCACUGGUUUUCGAUCGUUAAUUCUCUGAUGAUUGUCCUAUUUCUCUCUGGAAUGGUGGCUAUGAUAAUGCUGCGGACACUAUACCGCGACAUUUCCAAGUACAAUGAGCUUGAGACUCAGGAAGAAGCCCAGGAAGAGACUGGAUGGAAGCUGGUCCAUGGUGAUGUUUUCAGACCCCCUUCCAACUCAGAUCUACUGUGUAUCUAUGUAGGAACGGGUGUUCAGUUUUUCGGCAUGAUUCUCGUAACGAUGAUCUUUGCCAUCCUCGGGUUCCUCUCCCCUUCAAACCGGGGUGGUCUCAUGACAGCCAUGCUCUUGCUUUGGGUAUUCAUGGGUCUCUUUGCUGGAUACGCUUCUACUCGUCUGUACAAAAUGUUCAAAGGAACUGAGUGGAAGAGAAUAGCUCUGCGGACUGCAAUUUUGUUCCCUGCAAUCGUCUUUGCCAUUUUCUUCGUCUUGAAUGCUCUUAUAUGGGGCCAGAAGUCUUCUGGGGCAGUGCCAUUUGGUACCAUGUUCGCUUUGGUAUUCUUGUGGUUUGGAAUUUCAGUCCCACUUGUUUUUGUGGGUAGCUACAUUGGAUUCAAGAAGCCGGCCAUUGAGGAUCCUGUCAAAACGAAUAAAAUUCCCAGGCAGAUUCCAGAGCAGGCUUGGUACAUGAAUCCGGCCUUCUCAAUCUUGAUUGGUGGAAUCCUUCCAUUUGGAGCUGUCUUCAUAGAACUCUUCUUCAUCCUCACUUCAAUCUGGCUGAACCAGUUCUACUACAUCUUCGGUUUCCUCUUCCUGGUCUUCAUUAUCUUGAUCGUCACUUGUGCUGAGAUUACGAUUGUGCUCUGCUACUUCCAGUUGUGCAGCGAGGACUAUCUUUGGUGGUGGAGAUCUUACCUCACAGCUGGAUCCUCGGCCUUGUACCUUUUCCUCUAUGCCACAUUUUACUUCUUCACAAAGCUCGAGAUCACGAAGCUAGUUUCUGGGGCGUUGUACUUUGGCUACAUGCUGAUCGUCUCCUAUGCAUUUUUCGUGCUGACCGGUACCAUUGGCUUCUAUGCUUGCUUUUGGUUCACGAGGCUCAUUUACUCAUCAGUGAAGAUCGACUGAUCACAAUGCAAUGAGCACGUGCUGGUUAGCUUCUUCCCUUAAAAGAAUGAAAACAUUGCGACUGUUCCGAUCUCUCAGAUUUAAAGCGUCUUCAGAUCAUUCAUAUGUAUUCUUAUGUUUUCAAUUUUGUAUGUCGGCAGAACUACGAUUUUUGUUAUAGUGAUUCCAAAAUCCUCAUGUCAAAGUGGUAUACCCUUCUGAAGCUCCUUGUCUU